GGAGGGCAAUCCCAACAAUUGGGAAGUAGAGGGCGGAAGAAUCUCUCCAGAGCAAAUGCUUGUUCUUAGAAGCCACAUCACUGCUCAUGUGCUCUGUGAAGUUGAUGCCUGAACGAUUAAAAUACAGCGUGGACCACACGACCACUAAAGGUCACUGACGGCUUCUGACGAGUGCAGUAAAUUCCUCUGGACCCGACUUUGAGGGACUGAACCCGCGGAGGCUGUGACACAUGAGCGUUCUCUCUCUGCUGUUGUUCCGUCAGAUGUCUGUUGAGCUCCACCCCGCGAGCGGCCUCGGCGGGAACGAUGCCGGAACCACCGUGGGAGGCAGCAAACCUUUGCACCGCUUACUCAGGGCGCAGCCCAAGACCAUUGGUAUCACGGUGCUGAUCCUGGGCGCGUCGUUCGCCAUCAUCACCAUUUCGCUACAUGUCCGUACAAGUUCCUUCGGUUUCACAGUCAUUCCUCGUGGCAUCUUGGUCGGAUCACUGUCGUUCAUAUCUGGGAUACUGUUUAUUGUGACCGAGCACAAGCCGAGCAAGAAAACUGUCGCAGCAUCGCUGGCUCUCAGCAUUAUGACCAUACUUUCGAUAGUCUGGAGUCUCGUCCUGAUGGUGCCUGACUUUGUUCACCGCCACAUCUUUACUAGAUACUAUGACUACUACGACUGGAAUGACUUCAAUUUUACAGAGACUGGGGGAACAGAUUGGUAUUCACAUACUUAUGCCAUGGGAGUGGCUGUGGAGGUGGUCUUCACCUGCUACAGCGUGGCUGCUGCGGUUGUUUUCAUUGUAAUGUCCGUUCUGGGUGCAGCAGCCUUGCGCUCCUCAAGGACCCAGACCGUUGUUGUGAUGACCGCUGCACCAACUGACACUCCAGCUGAAUGACAGGAACUGCAGGACGGCCUGAAACGUGAGCGGCUGAGCAGGGACGAGAACGGCGCUGCCUUCACAGGCAGGAAGCGCUUCAGGAAAUCUCAUCGCCAACAUAUAACACAACCUAUCCCUGAGAUUGUCUUUAAGUAAAGUUUGCUGAGAAACACUUUAA